CCCCUUCGGCCACCCGUCCCGCACCGAGGCCGCGUGUCCGCGUCUCCGCCCGCUUCCCGCUGGAGGGGGUAGGGGCAGCCCUAUGAGGGCGGUGCCGAUUGGCUGGGAGAGUCGCCCCGCCUUCUCGCAGCCAAUAGGCGCGCGGGAUACUGCGGGGCGCGUGAAGGCGGGCAGGGGCCCAGAGGACACAGUGCUGUGUUUUGACCCAUCUCAGCCCUCCUGCAGCCCCCUGUUCGUGGGGACAGUGCAGGCAAGCACGAUGUUCCUGGUGGGACUCUCGGGUGGGAUUGCAUCGGGGAAGAGCACGGUGGUGGCCGUGCUGCGGGAGCUGGGCUGUGCCGUGAUCGACGCCGACCUUAUUGCCCGGGAGGUGGUGCAGCCCCAUUCCAAGGCCCACCAGCAGAUCCUGCGGUACUUUGGCACUGAGAUCCUCCUGGAGAAUGGCGAGAUAAACCGCGAGGCUCUCGGGAACAUCAUCUUCACCCAGCCGGAGAAACGGCGGCUGCUGAACUCCAUCACCCACCCCGAGAUCCUGAAGGAGAUGCUGAAGCAGAUCCUGAAGUACUUUGUGCUCGGAUACCACUACGUGAUCCUGGACAUCCCUCUGCUCUUCGAGACCCGCGGGUUGACCAAGUUUAUGAGAUACACGGUCUUGGUUUAUUGUGACCCCCCGGCGCAGCGCGCGCGGCUGAUGAGGCGGAACGGGCUGGACGCGGCCGCGGCCGACGCCCGGAUCAGCUCCCAGAUCCCACUGGAGGAGAAGCUCCAGUGGGCAACUCACGUCAUUGACAACUCGGGGGACCGGGAGAGCACCCGCCGGCAGGUGCUGCAGCUCCACGCCCGCCUCGAGGAUUCCCUGGAUUUCCUCUGGGCCCGGCUGGCGGUGGGCGCGGCCGUCGCCGGGCUCGGGGGGCUGGUGUUCCUCCUCCUGCGGCAUCUCAUCUCCUAAUUCACCUUUUCUCUUAGUCAGGGAAGGGGCCUGAAUUCCCUGGUUUGAAAAGGGCACCAAAAGGCCACCUCUGUUAAUGAGCUUUGCCAGCUGAAUGCAGACAGCGGGGAGAGGUGUCUCCUUGCACAGUUCCCAAGGUGAAUGUAGCCAGGGGGUUUUUUCCAGCACCUUCUCCCUGCUCAGGUUUUCG